AUGGAGCCAAUGGAAACGCUAGAAGCCAACACACUAAAUGAAGUAAUCCCAGCCCCAGGAGAGGGAUCUGACCAAGCAGCCGGCUCAGGUGAAGGGGGCGCAGCCCCUCAAUCUCAAGCUGAUGCAGAGCCGUCUAAAGCAACUCUCACCACCAAAACAAGCAGCAAGCCUUUGGGAGAUUCCAAGACUCCUAAUAAGAAUGCCAAGACAAAACCAGGAACCACUCCAACCAAGACAACCACCACCACUUCAAAGACCCCUACCCGACUCUCUAAUGGGGUCUCCAAGCCCCACACAAACGGCGUGACCAAAAAAGCCACGUCCGCUCCUGAUAGAAAGGCCACUACAGUAACCACAGCAGCCAAAAAGCCAACAGGGACCACCCCGACGCCCAAGAGCACAUUGAAAACAGCAGAGAAAAAGACCCCCACAGCCACGCCGCUGCCAAACGGAGCAAAGACAACAACAACCACGGCCAAGAGGACAGCGUCUGCUACUGCAACUGGAGUCAAAACCAGUAGCACCAUAGCUGCUGCAAAGAAGCCUGCAGGCCCCAAACCAGUCACAUCCACUGCAACAAAAACCAGCUCCACCGCAUCUCCCACACCCAAUAAAACCCCUGUUUCCAAGCCAACCAGGACGCCUUAUGCCACAUCAGUCACCCUCACACCCAAUAGCAGCAUGACCAAGAGUUCAGCAGCUGGACUCAAAUCUGCCACCUCUAAACCCUCAACAAUGCCAUCAAAGCCUGCUACCUCCAAACCAACGACUCCCUCUGCUGGCAAAGCUCCCGGAUCACACACAUCCAAGAGCACUACUCCUGUGAAAAAAGAUGUUGCUAAACCGGCUUCAUCUUCAACCAAAAAACCGAUACAGUCUCCUCUUGCCCGUGCGACCCCUGCAGCAAAGUCAGCCAAACAAGAUUCACCAAAACCAACAACGAAAACAGAUACUGCUUCCAAGAAAGUACCCCCGAGUAAGGCUGCAGAUUCAAAAACACCAAACCGUUCCAAACCUGAAAGCAAGGCCACACCAUCCAAGGACGCAUCCAAGACCCCGAAAACGGCAGCACCAAAAACAAGCCAGAAAAAAACUGUAGGUAGCAGUACUCCCACUCCAGUGAAGCGGGGUCCCAAAACCAACGAAUCUGACAAAGAGGUGGCCGUUGCCGUAGCCACCGCUGCAGCAAUAGCGGCUGCGGCUAAUGUUAUUGCAAAAGCAGAAGAGAAGCCGUCCCUUGAGGAGGCCAUGAACCAGGAAGAGCCCACUGUAGAAUCACAUACACAACCAGAGCCCAUUAUUGGACCUGUGUCCCCUGUGAGAGAAGUGUCACAUGCAUCGAUCCUGGACUUCCAGACUGAGGAGGGAAACCAAGACCCAGAGGGAGCCACGCUGUUGGCCUCCGCGGCCCCAUUUGGAGCGUCUUUCAAUGCGAUGACAAAGCCCCAAACAUUUUCCCCUGUUGAUGCCUUUGGCUCAGAGAACCUCAUGUCCCCGAAUGAGAAAGAAGAGGCAGUAGAAAAGGCUGAGGAAGAGAUUAAUGAAGAUGAUGAGUAUGAGGAGGAGGAAGAUGAGGAACAGAGGAGAUAUGGUUAUCAGCCAUCGUCCAUGAUCACAGACAUGAGUUCAUCACAGCCAUCAGAAGAGCAGGUUAGAACAUCAGCUUUCGGAGGCUCUCAGGGUUGGCAUGGCGACGACCUUCUCUCUGGGAUGGACUCUGAAGAUGUGAGCAGCUGUACGAGCAGCCGGCAGCAGGGCGUGUCUGACCUGAGCAGCACGCUGCACACGGCCAUCUUAGAAGGAACACAGAGCUCUGAUGCUCUGGUGGACUCUAGUCUCCGGGGCUCAGAGGGAGAUGCAAAUCUGACUGGCUCUCCUAAUGUGGAGACACUCGCCAAUGAGGAAGAAGACGAGGACGAGGAAGAUGAACGUGUGGAUGAUAUGGACUUGAGCUCAGAGAAAGUAGAUGAGAAUCCUAAGAUGUUCUCAAAUCAGGAGCAUGAGGAGGAAGACGAGGAUGUUGAGAUGCACAGUGAAGGAAAGACUGAGAGUGGAGAAAAUGUUGAGGAAGAUUUGAAUGAAAAUGAAAGAUUAGACAACCUGAAUCAGUGUGGCUUUCCCGCACAUUCCCCACCCACAUCUUCAUGGGGGCAGACAAAUCCCUUCUCAGACCCCUGGGCUCAGCCUGCUUCAGGUCGUUCUGGUUCCUCCCCCAGCCCUAUGUCCGAUCACGAUGCAGCCGACUCUGAAACACCCACCCAGUCUCCUGCACAAACCUGUUUCGACGCAUCUGGCCCAACCUUUACUACUCAGUCAGAAAGUGACCAUCACCACGUGUCUGCCCCAAAGGACACCAACUUCUCUGCUCCAACCGCAGAUGCCCCGGUCCGCCUGGGGGACAGUGAGACCAGUACUCCAGAGGAUCUGUGUGAAUAUGACAGCAGCUCAGGAGUCGAGUCUCGCUCUGACAAACCACACACCCCAGUGCCGGCUCAGGUUCAGCCUGACCUGGAGCAGGACCUGGGCAUUCACAUGGAAAAAGUGGAUGGAGAGGAAGAGGAGGCAGAGACACUGCCCGCUGAUGAAGUACUAGGAACAGGGCCUCCGACUGCACCAGCUUCGGCCCCAUCUUCAGCAUCCACAUCAGGGGAUGAGGCCAGUGACACUGAGGGAGAAAUGCAGAUCAAUGAUCCAGAUGAACCAAUCACGAUGGGAGAGAGUGCUGGGUUUGACAGCCAAACUCCCACAUCAAACCUCCCAGCUUUUAAUGAGGAUGAAGAGGUUGUCCAAGCAGCGUCUGUUGAGGCUGAAGAAGAUGGAGGCGGGGCUACACCUCAAUCAGCUAACUCUGUGGCUUCUUAUGGUUUUGAUUGUACCAAUUCCAACUCUAAUGCCCACUCAAUGGCUGAGAGCUGUGGGAAAAGUCCUGGAAUCUUCUCACUGGAGAAUGAGGAGCAACUUCCAGAAGAAGCUAAGGAUCCAUCUCUCAUAAAGGAGCUGACACUGCCGUCAGCGGGAGCAGCUGUAGAGGACCUGCUGGGUCGACCAGUCGAUCUAAUGCCCCUGGGCCACUCAGGGGACCUCCCUGAUCUGCAUGAGCACCACUACAUGAUCGGUGGCAAGAUGGGAGCAGACCUUCUUCAUGAGGCUGAGCCGCGGGAGCCUGGACACCUCCUUGACAACCAGGAUUCUGGUGACUCCGAUGACAACCAACCACCUUACUACUCUACCAUAUGUGAUAAAACUGAUAGUUUUCUGGAAGGAAACCAAAUAUCUGACGAGGAGGAUGAAGAUUCUCCAGAAAGCCAGAGUGAUCAGAGUGAAAACCUCACAGAAGGUUUGCCCAUAGCCAAUGGCCACUACUUGGCUCUUGUACCUGGCAACAGACGGCCCAUUAACCCUGCUCUGGCUGCACUCAUAGAAUCGUGUCCUGAUACUCGUGAUGUUACAGAGCAGCACCAGCGGCUGGAGAAGCAUCAAGAGAAGGUGCAGCAGUGUCAGGAGGAGAAGCUGAAGACGCUGGAGGAGGAGGAGGCCCACAGGCGUCAGCAGCAGAAGCAGCUGCAGGAGCAGAGACGAGAGCUGCUCCAGCUUCAGCACAGACACCGGCUGCAGUGGCAGCUGGAGCUGGAGCUGCAGUACCGCAUGCAGCAGAAAUACCUCCAGCAGCAACAGCAGCUGAGGAGGAGCCCCACUGGACUCAUGCUCUCCCCCUCCUCAGGGCUCUGCACCAUCUACGAAGCCAUGGAGACCAGCGACGAGGAGGAAGAGGACCAUAUGAACAGGAAAAAAGAUGUUAUUUUAAAUGGCCAUAACCAGAGUGAAUACGGCUCUCCAAAAUGUGCAUGUGCCGAGGCGAUGCAGGAGCUGGAGUGGAACAUGAAGGUGGACAUGGUUCAGCAGCUCUUCAAUCACACCAUCGCCGUCUCUGAAGAUGGAAGUUCUCUCCUGCUGCUCCCUGUUGGACCUGGGGGCUGCCUCAGCCCACUGGAGAGCGUCACAUGGCCCCACCUUCAGUUCAGCCCUCCCACCGCUGUGGUUACCUCAGUGAGCAGCUACUCUCCAGACGGUCACGGAAGCUCAUCUCCUGGAGACUGGACUGUGGUGGAGCUCGAGACUCAGCACUAA